AUGAAGGACAAUCUGACCUGGGUGAGUGAGUUUGUCCUCAUGGGGCUCUCCAGUGACAGGCAGAUCCAGGCUGGACUCUUUGUCCUGUUUGGGGCCACCUAUCUGCUGACCUUACUGGGCAACGGCCUCAUUGUCCUCCUGAUCAGGCUGGAUGCACGACUGCACCUGCCCAUGUACUUCUUCCUCUGCAACCUGGCAGUGCUGGACAUUUGUUACACCUCCAGUGGGGUCCCCCAGAUGCUGGUGCACUUCCUCUUGGAGAAGAAGACCAUCUCCUUCACCCGAUGUGCAACCCAGCUCUUCUUCUCACUGGCUCUGGGAGGGACUGAGUUCCUGCUGCUGGCAGCAAUGGCCUAUGACCGUUAUGUGGCAGUCUGUGAUCCCUUGCACUACAUGGCAAUGAUGGGUCCUAGGAGCUGUGCAGCACUGGCAGCAGUCUCUUGGCUCACGGGCCUGGCUAAUUCUGCUGUGGAGACGGCAGUCACCAUGCGUCUGCCCACCUGUGGGCACCACGUGGUGAACCAUGUGUCCUGUGAGACACUGGCACUGGUCAGAUUGGCCUGUGUGGAUGUCACCCUCAACCAGGUGGUCAUAGUGGUCUCCACCGUGGUGGUGCUGCUGGUGCCCUGCUGCCUGGUCUCCCUGUCCUACGCCCACAUUGUGGCCACCAUCCUGCGGAUCCGCUCCACUGGGGGACGCCGCAAAGCCUUUGGGACCUGUGCCUCCCACCUCACUGUGGUCUCCAUGUCUUAUGGGAUGGCCCUGGUUACCCACAUGCAGCCCAGCUCUACAGCCUUAACCGAGCAGGACAAGGUGGUGGUGCUGUUUUAUGCUGUGGUGACUCCCAUGUUGAAUCCGCUCAUCUACAGUUUGAGGAACAAGGACAUGAAGGCUGCUCUGAGUCGAGUUCUGAUGAGGAGUUCUGAAUCAAAACUUUAG